AUGAUCUACCACCUAGCACACAGCUUUCAAGUUCUGGAAGAAUCCACAAUUAUACCUGACCAUUUUGAUAUUACAAAACUGAAAGAGGAGCAACAAAAAGACCCUGUUGUCCAGCACAAGUUUAAAGAAGUUGAACAUGAACCUCACAAACAUCCAUAUGUAAUUCAAGAUGGUAUCAUUUACAAACUAUUAUCUAGAGCUAAAGGACACACAAAAUCCAAGCUAAUUUACCUUCCCCGAUCAAUGAUUCAACCUGCGUUGCGCUCAUAUCAUGAUCAUCCAACAUCUGCACAUUUUUCAGUACAAAGGACGUAUGCAAAGAUGAAAUAUAAAUAUUGGUGGCCUGAUAUGCAACGAUAUAUUAUAGAUUAUAUUAAUUCUUGUAUUGUAUGCAAACAACAUAAUUAUAGCAGACAGAAAAAACCGGGGCACCUUCAUCCAAUUACGCCACCAACAGGCCCUUUUCAAGUUAUUGGAAUUGAUUAUUGUGGACCCUUUUUAACCACAUGCAAAGAAAAUAAAUACGUUCUUUGUAUUACUGAUCAUUUUACCAGGUGGGUGACAGCAAUUGCACUUCCCGAUUGCAAUGCCCAGAUCACAGCAAGAACUAUUUUUGAAGAAUAUGUCUGUAAAUAUGGAGUCCCGGCUACAAUUUUGUCUGAUCAGGGGAGCCAUUUUUUGAAUCAGUUAAUGAAGGCAUUAACUGCACUUCUUGGUCAUAAUCAUAUUUAUUCCACCUGUUAUCAUCCACAGACUAAUGGAAUUGUGGAACGCUUCAAUGCAACCUUCGUCCCACAGUUGUCAAAAUUACAGGAUCAAGAAUCAAACAAUUGGGACGAAUACCUCCCGUCGGUAGUCUUUGCAUAUAAUACGGGACAACAUUUUUCAACCGGAUAUUCACCGUUUGAAUUGCAAUUUGGUCAAGAUCCAAAACUACCACCUGACGAACCUCCUAAAAUGGUUAUAUUCAACCGGCCAAAUGAUUAUUAUCAGCAAUUGAAGAAGAAUCUUGCAAUUUAUCAUCGUCAUGCACGUCAAAAUAUGAUUCAUCAACAACAACUAUCUAAACAAAGAUAUGAUAACAAUAGAAAAGACCCGCACUAUGAAGUUGGACAAUUGGUAUUGAUAAGAAUGUAUGGAAUCAGAUCAAAAUUAGAGGCCAAAUAUUCUAGAGUACCAUCUAUGGUGAUUGAAGUUAAACAUCCGAUUUAUUGGGUUGCCGAUGUUGAAACAAGAGCAGUAGCACGAGUACAUAUGUUGUUCAGAAUUAGAACCAAACAUUUCUCAAAGAGAAAACUGGAAGAGAAUGAACGACUUCGUAGGAUGUUACCGAAAUUUAAACUACCCGUUGUGGACCGAGUAGUCGGCCAGACGGACAGUUUACAACAGUUGACACGAAGAGUACCAUCAUUUACAAAGCAGCCAGUGAGAUAUUACCUUAAUGAUGCAACACCACAUAGAUUUAUUGAUGAUUUGAUGGAUAUUGUCAAAGAAACCAAGUAUUAUGUUAUAGAUACCGAAACAGACAUUGACACACAAGCACCAGCUUUAAUCCAGCUUCUUCUCAUUCCACACGAAAUAAGAGCAUCAUCGGCAUUAGUUAUUAUUUUGAUAGAAACUCAAUUCUUGCCGCCAAGAGGUUCGACACGACGCCAACGAAUUCAGGAAUUCCUGAUGGGCAGGGGAAGAUGGUUGUUUGUUACGACCGCUGCACCCUAUGAUAUAGAAUCGGACGACCAUCCAGAUUGCACAUGUCCUCAUCGUCCAUACAAAGACCCAAGACAGCCAAAUAGCUGGUCGCUACAAAAGGCCUUAUGGUUUGGAUAUGGUUUGUUUCUUGACAAGUAUCACACAUGCACAAACUGGGCAGCUGGCAUUGAUCCAACUUUAAGAACGUUUGAAUUUGAUAAUCUUUUACAUUAUGAUCCGCCAAAAACACCAGCACAAUUACCAACAUUUCCAUCGCCAGACUUAGUAUCACAACAACAAUUAGAGCCAGCUCAACAUACGGACAAUAGUUCCAUACUGGCACCAUCAGAUCAUCAUACAAUUUCAGUUUUAGAAAAUUCAAUUGCUUCACCAACAUCUCAAUCAACAGCAAUAAGUGCACUUUUAUUAUUAUCUUCAAAUGACACGGAAAUGCCGCUUGUGGACCGUGUAGGCGGCCACACGGUUUUUUCAUCAGCAACAGCAACCAUACAAGAACAUCAAACAGAAGUUUUACCGUCUCUUUCUGAGCAACCGAUAACAAGAAAAUCUCGUACAUCAGCCCAUUCUCGUGCCAUACAUAAUCAGAAAUCUUCCAAGAAAUUUCAUAAAAAAGAUUAUGAUAUCGAGAUCAUUCGUCCAAUCUACUUCCAAUUUG